UCACAUUCUCUGUCUUGUGUCCUAUUGAACUGAAUUUCAUCAACCCUUCUCUAAGAAAUCCAUGGCCAAGGGCGAGAAGAAACCCGCAGAGAAAAAGCCUGCAGAGAAGGCUCCAGCAGAGAAAACGAAGGCUGAGAAGAAGAUUCCAAAAGAUGCUACCUCCGGAGACAAGAAGAAGAAGAGGAAGGCCAAGAGCGUGGAAACCUACAAGAUCUAUAUCUUCAAGGUCCUCAAGCAGGUUCACCCUGACAUUGGGGUCUCCAGCAAGGCAAUGGGAAUCAUGAACAGCUUCAUCAAUGAUAUCUUUGAGAAGCUUGCUCAAGAAUCAUCCAGACUGGCCCGUUACAACAAGAAGCCCACCAUCACUUCCCGUGAGAUCCAGACCGCUGUUCGUCUUGUCCUUCCCGGUGAGCUUGCCAAGCACGCCGUCUCCGAAGGCACCAAGGCUGUUACAAAAUUCACCAGCUCUUGAUUGUGUAGCCAAUUAUUAGGGUUUGAAUAGUAUCUGUGUGACAAGAAUAUUCAAGGAAAUACAAUUAGGUUUUUACUGACUUUACACCUGGUCCUUUUUUUCUUACAGUUACAAAUGGCCACAAAUUGAUAAUUAUAAUGUUUUCUCACUUCUUAGCUAUGUGCCAUCCUGGUAAAAUAGAUUCUAAAAUCUGAGUAUUUUGUGGAUUAGUUAAAGGGAUUAUAGCAUUGUAUUGAGGAUUUCGUU